AUACAUAUGUAUUCGAAUCUUGAGAGUUUGUUCACUAGUUCAAUUUCACAACCUAUCAUUCUGCAUAGCUAAAUGACAAAUUUAUAAGUCCAAAUUAUAUACCCUCACAAAUUUAAUGAAUAUUCUAAAAAAUCAGAAUAGUUUUGCAAGUAUUUAUCAAAAUCACUCGUAAUUAGAAACAUAAUACUUGAUUUUGUUGAUUUAUUUAGUCUUAACAUGAAAUCCUUCAAUUAUUUUAUUUUAACCUUUUAUAAAGAAGAAAGAAAAGGGAAUAAGAUAGCACAAAUCCCACUUAGAAGUUAGAAGCACUCAAUUGAACAAAGACAAGAGCAUCUAUUGAAUGGAGAUCAAGUAAAAGUAAAAACCAUAAAUGAAGUGAAAAUUUAGUACAAACAAAAGCAAAAAGAAGCCAUGAAUGGAUCUCCAAAAAACACAUUAGUUAGGACAAGAGGACAGAACAGUGAUAUGAGGGGCAGAGGCACCUAAUUGCUAAUGGAGUAAUGGUGCUCUUCCUUCAUUGCCACCUUUAAAAAUUCAAAACUUCCUUUUUUUAUUUUUUAAUUAUUCCUCAAGAAAACAUAUAGAGGAUAGGAAGAAGAAUUUGCCAACCAAAUAAAAUAAGGGGAAAUUAAUAAAAAAAUAAAAAGAAUAUGCUUAUUAAGUCAUAUGGUGGAGAUUGCAGCAAAAGGCAGCGAGGAGGGAGAUGUUCCAUGCUGAAGAUGAGAGGGACAUCCAGCAAUCAGCUGAGAGAGUCUAGAGAGAGAAACAAACCCCAGAAAAGAAGUAUUAGAUUGAGUUUUUGGAGUGAAGAAGGAAGCAGAAGAAGCAGAGGAUGGAGAAGGGUUUAAGAGAAGGGUUUUAGCCUCUUAGGUCUACCAACUGGUAGUUAAGAGAUUGGAACUCCUUAACCAAACCCCAUAAGAAAAAAAAAAUACUAUCAAGUUGUGAACUUUACCAACAACAACAGCAGCAGCAAGCAACAUAGGAGGAGAUGGUGAACAAGCUGCUGCUGAAUCCACAAGAAGAAGGGGAGUCGAGCUGAUUACAGUCCUCACCAACCGCCAAACACCAUACCCUUUUUCUUCUUUAUCAUCAUCAUAAUUCUAGCUAGUUUUAUCUCUCUGCUUUCACUCUCUAGCUGCUAUUUGCCUUUCAUUCUCUAACUUGGUUUCAACAAACUGUUGGAUGGGGAUUUGAGGUUUGAAGCAACAAAGCCCCAUCCAAAGCUAAGAAAAGAAAGGGGAUCCAGAAGAAAAGAAAGACAGCUUAGCCUAACCCUCCCACCACCACCACUAUUUCAACACAAAAGGGCCACACAGAGAUAGCUGCAAACAGAAAGCUAUCAUUUGGUAUUCCCCUUUGAGAAAGAGAAGAGAGGGAUGCUCACGUGGGGAUUUUUUGAUGGAAUGAUGGAUGGAGAAUAUAUGAUGGGAGGAGAUAAAAGAUCAAAAGUGAGAGGAAGGGGCUUGUAAUCCCUUCCCCACAUAGAGAAGAAAAGAAGAAAGAGAGUGAGAGAAACAGUUCAUUGCAUCUCCUUUCAAUUAUCACCUCCUUUCUUUUCAGAGAGAAAGAAGAUAGGGAUUGGGGAAAAAGAGGAAUUUUUUGCUUCUUCUAUCCUUGGUAUUUCCCCUAUUCCUCUCCUAGAGUGUAUAUUCCUCGAGCAAGGACUUUGUAUAUUGUUAUUUUUUUGUUGUUCUUCUUCGUCUCGUUGGAAGUCAGUGGUGGAUCGAUCGAUGUGUUUGAGGUUUUACUGUUCCCUGAGGCACCCACAAAACUGUUUACUGGUUUCCAGGUACAAAUUUUUUAUUCAGCCAUUAAAUUAAGCUUCCUUUUUGCUGCUAAAGUUUUGAUCUUUUUGUUUUGCAUUCUUCUCAUCUCUUUGCUGUCUCUUUCUUUCUUCCAUGUGCCUGAUGGGAAGGAAGAGAAGAAGAGAUGGAUGGUUUUAAGUGGCGGUGACUGUGGUGAUAACCCCAUGGGGAAAUUGUUAAUUUAUUGGAAACUUUUGCUUGUGUUGGAAUGAGCAAAAUUUGAAUAUGCUGUUGUGUUGGGAUUUGCAGAUUCUGGGUUUGUCUUGUUUGUGUUCUUUUGCAGGAGGGGUGUUCCUUUUCCUCUUCUUCUUUUUCUAUCUUGGGGUUUGUUUGGGGUUGGUGGAUGCUUCUGUUCUGAAAGUUUGUGUAUUCCUUAAUAUUCUAUUUUCUUCUUUGGUUGUGUCUCAAGUUACUUAAUGUUGUGUACUAGAUUGGUCAUUUUUUCCUUUUACCUUGUCUCUUGGGAUAACUAGAAACCGGGAGAUGAUGAAGGUGUCAGAGAGCCAAAGGUACUAUGAUGUUUGGUUGCUCUUGUGUACCUUCCUGUGAACUUCAAACCUUACAGCAUCUCUUGCCUCUUCUGGUUGGGUGAAAUUGCUGCUUUGAUUGCUACUUCUGAGCUGCAAAUGGAAGUUUAAUGUACAGUUGAUGUCCAUUUUCAGUUGAGAAGGGGGGUGACUAUGCAUGCAAUCUGAUUGGAACCGUAUAAGAUAAGAGGGGAAAGCUCAUGAUUUGAAUAAAAAAUGGCAACUUACUAUCCCGGUUCCAGCAAUGAAAGGGAGGCUGCUGCUACCCCAAUGGUAUAUCUUCCUGGUGCAUACUCCGAGACUCCAGUUCUUACCGGCAACAUGAUGAUGUACAUGAAUCCCGGGUCAUACUCAGAUGGAUUACCUUCCAAUGCUCAGCAACAAAACAACUGCAUUGAAAUUCAGUCUGUAGAGGGAUCAACCUCGACCCAUCAGCAGCAGCAGCAGCAAGAGGUAUUGACGAAUCUUGAGGGAUCACGAGUCAGUGAGCAUGAUAUCAAUGCAUGGAGAGAUGGCAGAAAUGAGAUGCUUGUUAUGCACUCAAUUGCUGGUACUUCUAGCAACAUUCUUCAACAGAAUUUACAAGGACAAGGCUUGUCUUUGAGCUUGGGGACACAAAUCCCAUCUGGAAUGCAAAUGCCUUACCGGAACGCUAACCAAGGAUUUACAUCAUUCUUGAGUCCCAAUCCAUCAAUGGUAGGUGAGAGCCCAAUUGGUAGGAGUGAUCAACCAAGGAGUGGUGAGUAUUUGGGACAUGGUGGCUACCCGGGUGGAGGUGGUCAUCAGGAUGCUGGCAAUAAAGGCGAUUAUGCACAGUAUGGAAUGACAAGUAUAGCAAGAACCAUUCCUAAUUCCAAGUACCUCAAAGCAGCACAACAACUGCUUGAUGAAGUAGUUAAUGUUCGGAAAGCUCUGAGGCAUGCCGAUAAGGAUAAGAGCCAGAAAACAAAUGAGAAUGAGAUGAACAACAGCUCCAAGGAAGGAGACAGUGGAUCAAAGAAUGAUGAAUCUCUGAACAAUUUAGCCAGCGAACUUUCGCAUUCUGAAAGACAGGAGUUGCAGAAUAAGUUGACAAAGCUUUUGUCCAUGCUGGAUGAGGUUGACAGAAGGUACAAGCAGUACUAUCACCAGAUGCAGAUUGUGGUGUCGUCAUUUGAUGUCAUAGCAGGCUGUGGGGCCGCCAAACCGUACACAGCUCUCGCCUUGCAGACCAUAUCUCGCCAUUUCCGGUGCUUGAGGGACGCCAUUAACGGACAGAUAAAGACGGUCAGGAAAAGCUUAGGUGAGCAAGAGACAUCAGAGAAUAGCAAAGGUGUUGCAAUAACACGGCUUCGGUAUGUUGAUCAGCAGCUGAGGCAACAGAGGGCUCUUCAGCAGCUUGGCAUGAUGCAACAACACACUUGGAGGCCACAGAGGGGACUGCCCGAGAACUCCGUCUCGAUUCUUCGUGCCUGGCUGUUUGAGCAUUUCCUUCAUCCGUAUCCAAAGGAUUCUGACAAGAUUAUGCUGGCUAGGCAGACUGGAUUAACCCGAGGCCAGGUCUCGAAUUGGUUCAUCAAUGCGCGAGUUCGUCUCUGGAAGCCGAUGGUGGAAGAGAUGUACAAAGAAGAGCUCGGCGAUGCAGAGAUGGACUCCAACUCCUCCUCCGAAACUGCUGCUGCCAGAGCACUCUCAAGAGCUGACAUGAGAAGCUCUGAGGACCAAGGUGAAGAAAUGCAGCAGCAACAUCUAAGUGUGACCUCAUCGUCCGCCACAGAACAAGCUAUGGAGAAAACCUCUGAUCAUCAUCAUCAUGUUCAAGACAUGGAUAUGGUAGGAAGCUCAACUCUGAGGCCCCAUUUUCAAUUCGGCGCAACACAUGGGCGGCUCGAUGUCGACGAUUGUGGCCUUUACAAUGAGGCCAUCGGUGGCGGGGGUGGUGAUAAUAGGUUUAUGGCAGCAGCUGCUGCAGCGUACCAGAUGCAGGAAAUGGGGAGGUACGGUAGUGGGAGUAGUGGUGGCGUGUCGUUGACAUUAGGGUUGCAGCAUUGUGAAGGUGGUGGUGGAUUGCCGAUAUCCGGUGCGAGCCAUCACCACCAGAACCAAGGUUUUGUUUCCAUGAGAGGUGAUGAUAUCUAUAGUGCAGCCGCAGCAGCGUCGUCUGUAGGUGGAGAGACGAGGGAGUUUGAAUGUGUAAACCCAGGGAGUAGGCAGCAGCACAGGUUCAGUUCCUCCCAUUUGUUACAUGAUUUUGUAGCGUGAAAAUGGUCGAAUCCAGAUUCGACAAGGAUUGGCUUGUUGAUGGUGAAGGGAAAAGCUUUUGUAUACAAACACUGUUGUAGCAUAUUCAGCAAAGAAGUGGGAGGGGCCAGGGGAGGGUGGGGUAGAAUAUUUGUAAAGAUACAUAAUUUUUUGGCUGUCUAAAAAAUGUGGAAGAGUAAAGUGUACAAUUAAGUAGUCUUAAUUGGGGUUAUUGGUGAAAGGGGGAUAAACAUAAUACAUUCAUGGUUUUGAAUAAAGAUUGGUAUCAAUUGGUAAAACUCUUGGUCUUCUGAUUGCAGUGUAACCAGCUUGUUUAAUUGAAAUUUGCUUGCGAGGGAACGUUGGUUUCUUAAGGAGAGGAGUUCUACCUUGAAAUUUGAUCUUACUGGGAUUGUGACUAACCUGUGUGAGCAAAGGUAUGCUGGUAUAGCAUUAGAGGUGAUGGAUGAGUUGUGGAAGUGUUCCUAGCUUGAUUUGUUCUUAAACUUUUGUUGAAGGUGUGAGGAAGUCAGGGAAGAUAGAAGAUGCAUUUAAGAUGGAUGAAGUUGCUGAAGGCAGUUAUCAUUGUUCCAGAUAUUGUAACAUUCUACGGCAUAAUCCGAUUGCAGAGUUUGGAGAGCGUGAGAUGUUGACGAAUUGCGACGAUUGGGCUGUUCCCAGGUUUUCGAGCCUGAUGCAACGACCUACAACAUUUGGGGUCCUCUGGAUAUACAACAGAAGGCAAGAGUAAGGAAGGGGAAAGUCUUGGUGGAUGAGAUGUUGGAUAAAGAAUUUAUACCUGAUCUUGCUACUUAUAAUACGUUAAUGAAUGGACUGUCGAAUUCUAAAGGACAGCAUGUAACUUUUUCCUCAAGUAAACUUAAGUGACAUGGUCUUGUGGUAGACAUUGGAGGAUCUUCGUUCAAGUUUUAUGCAGCUGGUUUUUCCUGGUUAUAAUGUCCUCGUUUCCUGCCCACUAUGGUCUGAAUUCUAUAUCCUGGUCUCCCCCUCCUCAGCUUUCACACAUUCACAAGUUCUUGCCUUACAAAAUCAUAUGCUUUGGCUGUCAAUUUGAAGAGAGAAGCAAACUUGACAAAGAGAAAUCCUAAAGUUGAAGCCUAUUUCUCACAUCUAGCAAAUAGAUUGACUGGUUUAAG